AGGAGAAGAAGUUUCUGUGCGUAGUAGUUACAAUGCAUGCUUCAGUUAAAGCAAAGAAUAAGCCUUUUGUUGUGGACAUAUGUUGAUAAAGUGAAGUGGUUUCAUUUGAAAAAAUAGUGAAGUCAUAAUCAUUGUGCUCACAAAACAGAACUCGAUGGGUCACGAUAAUUCUGAACGCACCAUUGGAAAUUUCUCUGAAGAUAUUCAUGAUGCUCAUCACACCACUAGCCUACAUGCAGACCAUGCUGAAUUUACAUCCAUAUACCCUGGAUCCCCGCUCUUGUCUGAGGAUGAGUCUUCCUCAGAGUGUGAUCUUCAAUUCAGUGCUCUGCCAAACUUGAAUCCAGCAUCACGGUCAAGUAACUUAAGUUCUGAUAAGGUGGACAACAGUGUUUGUAUCGAUGUGUCUGAAUCAAGGCAGUCUUUUCGUGACUCAAACUCCAGUCUUAGCAGUGGAGAACAAUUUUCCCUCAUGCAUAAAGACAGUAUGGAGGAGUCUGUAAAUGAGCAAUCAUAUUUGGGAGAUGUCCAUGAUGAAAACUUUGCUCACGUAGACGAAGAGUCACUUUACACUGGUUCACGGCUGACCAAAGCUCAGAGUUUUUUACUUAUACUGUCAUUUGUUUUGAGACAUGGGCUCACAGGUGUAGCCCUCUCUGAUCUUCUAGAUUUGAUUAAUAUUCACUGUCCAGAAAACACGCUGUCAUCCUCCAAGCAUCUGUUCUUAAAAGAACUUAAGCCAAUACAAGGUCACUUGCAAUGUCACAUAUACUGUCCAAAUUGUGAGUAUUACAUUGGUGACGAAGUUAGUGAAGGGCAGUGUGCUGUGUGCAAAACGAAGUGGGAUAAAAACAGCUCACUGAAAAAUGGGAAUUUCUUUAUAUACUUACCAAUACAAACACAGCUUAAAUGCCUUCUUCAAAGAGAAGAUAUUGCAGCUUGCCUCAAAUCAGGAAAUGGAGACUGUACCUCAGAACAUUAUGAUGACAUACAUAGUGGUAAAAUGUACCAUAACCUGAGCAGAAACGGAGGCCUACUUGAUUGUCUGCAUGGAUACUCCUUAACACUCAACUGUGAUGGAGUACCUGUAUUUAAAUCAUCACUGCACAGUAUUUGGCCAUUACAAGGGACUGUAAAUGAGCUUCCUUAUCCUAUACGCAAACAAAAUGUUUUACUUUUUGGCUUGUGGUUUGGUAGCAAAAAGCCAAACGUGAACACAUUUUUAAAACCAUUCACUCUCGAGUGUCAGAAGUUGUUAACUGGAGGUUUCAAGUUGAAAAUAAAUGGCAUUUUGGAACAGUGUAGAGUUGUGACAGCUCUAAUGAUGUGUGAUUCAGUUGCCAGGCCUAUCCUACAGAACAUGACCCAGUUUAAUGGCCAGUACGGAUGCAGCCUCUGUCUACAUCCUGGUGAACAAGUUCAAAAGGGAAAUGGUACUGUUAGGGCAUACCCAUACAAAGAUGUUCCAAAAAGGGACCACACUUCAACCGUAAACGAUGCCAGGGAGGCUCUGCGUACCACAAAAUCGGUGAGGGGUGUUAAAGGGCCUACAUGUCUUAUAAACAUUCCACACUUUGACGUCAUAGAUAGCAUGCCUCCAGACCAUAUGCAUAAUGUACACCUUGGUCUGGUUCGGCAGUUGGCAAGCAUGUGGCUGUACAGUGAUCUGUGUCCAUUCUGUAACAACACUGGGAAACUGUUCCUUUUCACUACUCUGGUGAACUCUUGUGAGUAACCAUAUUAUAUGAGAAACCAUAUUAUAUUGGGAACAGAGUGGCAGAGCUUGAUGAACAGCUCCUACUGAUUAAGCCUCCUUGCAAUGUAACAAGAGUGCCUCGAUCUCUUCAGCAGAGGAGGUUUUGGAAGGCCAGUGAAUGGCAGAACUGGUUGCUGUUUUACAGCAUCUUUGUUCUAAAAGGAAUUCUGCCCCGGGUUUUUUACCAGCACUGGUUAACUGUUGUCACAUUCAUGUUCUUACUAUGCAAAUAUAUUAUUACAACAGAGGAGUUAAAAAGAUGUGAAAAACUUGUUGUAGAUUUUGUCAAACAAUUUGAAGCACUUUAUGGAAAGGAGAAUGUGUCAUUUAAUGUACAUUUAUGUCUUCAUUUGCCAGAAUCUGUAAAGAACUGGGGACCUUUGUGGGCACAUUCAGGAUAUAUUUUUGAGUCAUUUAAUGGGGAGUUGCUAAAAAUGUUUCAUGGCACUCAGUGUGUUCCUUUGCAGAUAAUGAAGGAAUUCACAUACAGACAGGUAUUGCCUCUUCUGAAGAAUGAUGCACUGAGAAAUGCUGUGCCUGAAUGUGUCCAGCUGUACAACCAGUUAACUGGACAAAAGAAACUGAAACAGUUUGAAAGAGUGUCAGAUCAGGUUGUUAUCCUUGGCUUGCAUUAUUCCAGGAAACUAACAAGUGAAGAGAUACUGGCCAUGAGAGAGCAACUUUCAGUCAGUGUGGAUACGGUUGUGAAAAUAUGUAGUCGCCUUCUAGUCAGAGGACACCUGUAUUACUCACAAGAGUUCACCAGAGUAGUGAAAAGGAACAGUUUCCCAGUGUUGUUACAGAAUGGACACAUAAUCACUGUUUACUACUACAUUGUAGUAGAGCAACAAGGAAACACAAAGUGCUUUGCUCUUGGAAGAGUGUAUGAUAGAUCACACAGUACAUUCCUUAAUGUAGAAAAUGUAGUUGGCCUGAAAAGAGUAUUGUGUGGCAGGAAACAGAUAUUUGAUGUGACAAUGUUCAAAGGAAAAUGCAUGCUAAUUGAUCUGCCACAAUAUGCAAGUCUCUAUACAGGUAUACCUCCAAGAGCCAGUGUAGAGGACUGAAAUGUUAAUAAGGGCAAACGUUAUAUCUGGUUUAUCUACGUCACAUUUAUGUUCCUAACAUGUACAGACAUUGAAAAGUUUUUUGUCAAACUGUAUGAAAUCUGUAAUUUAAUGUAUAUAUGCCUUCACUUUCCUGAAUAUGUCAAGAAUUUUGGACCUUUAUGGACACAUUGAAGUAUAUGUUUCAUAUAUUACUUAAAUUUUAAUCAAAUUAGUCAUUUUUGAUACAGUGGUCUUUACCUAUACUAUCACACAUAGUUUGAUGUAUUAAAAACUUUGCAAAGA